CAAAAACCCAGAAGUCAGUGAAAAACCAAAACCUUGAUUCCUUUCAUUCCCCUCUCUCUCUCUCUCUCUCUCUCCCAGCUAUGUCUCACUCAUCAAUGGACGAUAUGAACCUCAACGCCCCUCACUCCAUGGGCACCACCAUCAUCGGCGUCACCUACGACGGCGGCGUCGUCCUCGGCGCUGACUCCCGAACCUCCACUGGUGUCUAUGUUGCGAAUCGGUGCUCGGAUAAAAUCACUCAGCUCACGGAUAAUGUCUACGUCUGUCGCUCUGGAUCGGCUGCAGAUUCUCAGGUUGUUUCCGACUAUGUGAGGCACUUUCUUCAUCAGCACACCAUUCAGCUAGGGCAGCCUGCUACUGUCAAAGUUGCUGCUAAUCUCAUCAGGCUACUGUCCUAUGGCAACAAGAAUAUGUUGCAAACUGGGUUGAUUGUUGGAGGCUGGGACAAGUACGAAGGGGGAAAGAUUUAUGGAGUUCCUCUUGGCGGCACAGUAAUUGAGGCGCCAUUUGCCAUUGGAGGUUCUGGCUCCAGUUACUUGUAUGGAUUCUUUGAUCAAGCAUGGAGAGAAGGAAUGACCAAGGACGAAGCGGAGAAGUUGGUUGUGAAGGCAGUUUCCCUAGCCAUUGCACGAGAUGGAGCCAGUGGUGGUGUUGUCCGCACUGUUGUGAUUAAUUCUGAGGGAGUUAAAAGAAAUUUCUACGCUGGCGACACACUGCCACUGUGGCACGAGGAGUUGGAGCCCCAGAAUUCUCUGCUGGACAUCUUGGCUGCUGGUGGUGAUGGCCCUGCCCCUAUGAACGAAUGAGGAUCUUGCCACCACCAAUAGGCUUCUGGCUACAGUCGAUCAAUUCCUUCAAUUUAAAACUUUUGUUUGCUGUAGCAGAUGAUAUUGAACUCCAUGGAAAAUUGUUCUAUGCUUGUGAUUUAGCUGUAUGCUGGGGUCCUCUACAAAUGUUAGUAACUACUGUGACUUUUGUUGUCAA